AUGGCGCGACGAGUGAGAAAUCGAAGAGAAAUUUAUUGUUAUGAAUCUCCGUGGCCGUUAUUUUCCAUGGGCUGGUGUCAGCGACCUACUGAAGACGGAGCAUUUCGUCUCGCCGUUGGUUCUUUUAUCGAGGAGUACUCAAACAAAGUUAAAAUUCUAAAUCUUGAUCCAAAUGUUCGGACAGAGUUUGAAGAGGAAUCGACGAUAGAUCAUCCUUAUCCUUGUACAAAGAUCAUGUGGUGUCCUCCUAACGCGACUACGGACUCCGGCAGGCCGGAUUUAAUCGCUACUUCGGGCGAUUAUCUCAGGAUAUUUCGCGCAAAUUACAACGAGACGAAUCCGAAUCCUCGUCACUGGGAGCAGACUCAUCUUCUCAACAACAACAACGACCGUGAUUUCUGCGCUCCAUUGACAUCCUUCGAUUGGUCUCCAAUCAACCCUCGUCUAAUUGGAACAUCAUCGAUAGACACAACUUGCACUAUUUGGGAAGUAGAAACUGGCCAAGCUCUUGCUUCGACUUCUGGUCAUAGAAGUACUCAAACAGGAAGAGUAAGGACGCAACUGAUAGCUCAUGAACAGGAAGUAUACGACAUUGCUUUUGACAGAUCAAGUCAGAAUGGAUUUGCUUCUGUUGGUGGAGACGGAUCAGUGCGCAUUUUCGACCUACGACACCUGGAGCAUUCAACUAUCAUCUACGAAUCGAACCCAAUGCGUCCAUUGCUCCGCCUAGCGUGGAAUGGAAUCGAUGCAAAUUACAUUGCUGCGCUGGGCAUGGACGUUUCUGAAAUCAUUAUUUUGGACAAGAGAGUGCCCUGUAUUCCUGUUGCUCGUCUUGCAAAUCAUCGAGCUGCAGUGAAUGGGGUUUCAUGGGCGCCUCACUCGGCCCAUCAUGUUUGUACUGUCGGAGAUGAUAAGCAAGCCCUAAUUUGGGAUAUUCAACAAAUGCCUCGUGCAAUAGAAGACCCUAUCCUGGCCUACUCCGCCGGUGGAGAAAUCAACUCCGUCCAGUGGGGAGCGCUUUACAACGACUGGAUUGCAAUUACCUACAACUCAUCAACCUCCGGUUUCCUAGAAAUCCUCAGAGUCUGA